CUUUCAGCCACUGCGGAAAUUACCGCAAGCUUCGCCUGGGUGAUCUCAAGCCCAAGGCCUCGACAUCGUUAACGUCCUCGACACUAAAAAUCCAGCAAAAUGGGUCGUGUUCGUACCAAAACAACCAAGAGGGCUGCCCGUGUUCUCAUCGAAAAAUACUACCCCCGCCUCACCCUCGACUUCCACACCAACAAGCGCAUCAUCGAUGAAGUUGCUGUAGUUCCCUCCAAGCGUCUCCGGAACAAGGUUUCCGGCUUCACUACCCACCUGAUGAAGCGUAUUCAGCGCGGGCCCGUCCGUGGUAUUUCAUUCAAGCUCCAGGAAGAAGAACGCGAGCGAAAAGAUAACUACGUGCCUGAAGUGUCUGCUCUUGACACGAGCGCAACAGGCUUGGAGAUUGACAAGGACACCUCAGAACUUCUCAAGGCACUCAACUUCGACUCCAUUCCCGUGACUAUCGUACAGACCGUUAUCCAGCAACCAGAGCGUCCUCGGCGGGAGAGGCGCAACGUCCCUGGUGCUGGGCGGUAAUCUGUAUAUUCUAGUUUUGCGCAGAAAUCAGGCUGUCAACCGUUAAACGUUUCUCAACAUGCAGGCAAGUACUGGGGGCCUUCAGCAGUAUGUGUCAGGAGUUCUUGCAAAACGCGUCUGUAGUUGGUGAGGAAUUGCAUGUACUUGAGCUACACCUGCCACAUGAAUGCGCAUCAAACCCUCAUUCGGAAACAUGUUUUCUUCCCUAACCUACGUGAAAGAGAUAGAAUAUGCGAACUAGAGCAAUGAAAGCAGACUGUCGGGAGGUAAAUAAAAAUAACAACCAGCUGGCGGGAAGUCGCUGACCGAACGAUAGUGA